CAUUCCACGCAGCCUCCGCGCGGGGUCUCCCAGAAUGCAGCGCGCUGGCGGGAGGUUUGGAAACUUCGGGCUCUGCACCUGCGUGGGUUUUCCUGAACGUAGCUUGAUUAAGGAUUAAAAGCAUCAACUGGAAUCAAUUUGCAUUUGAAAAUUGGAUCAGCACAAAGACUUGAUAUUGUGGAAUGCCUAGUAAACAAGCAAUGUCAUCUAAAGAACAAGAGAGGCUCUUGUGUUAUAAUGGAGAAGUCCUUGUUUUUCAGUUGUCUCAAGGAAAUUUUGCAGAUAAAGGACCUGCAAAACCAUCCACAUUACAUGUCAAAAGAAUGGUGUUUGAUAGAGAAACAAGAACAUUUGUUCUGAAGUCCACUGGGUUCUUUAGCAUGAGAAAAGAAUACUCUCAUUUAAAAAUUCUAUGUUGCAACUGUGUGUCAAAUUUCAAAACUGGAAUUAACCUCCCUUACAUUUUGAUAAGAAGCAAUAAAAAUAACAUUUUCAAAUAUUUUCUACUGUGUCUUCACAGUAACAAUAGAUUUGAAAAGCAUUUGACUUUUAAACUAUCCCAUGAGUUGAAGGACAGCAUAAGGGUUCUUAAUGGCCCUUUAAUUUUAUGGCAAUAUGUCAAAACAUUGUACUGUAUCUCUUCCCAUACUCGCAAUGUAAUUAGUGUGUCGGUUAACUUUUCCUCUAUUGAAUGGGCAGGGGAGAUUGGAAAUCUAGGUAUAGUUUUAUUGGGACUAACAGAAUGUGAUUCGUCUGAGGAAGAAUGCAACCAAAAGCCCUCAGAAUCUGAUUUUGCAAUUCAGAAUACCAAAUUUUGUGUAUAUUCUCUUGAAAAUCAAGAAGUGUUAAGUGAUACAUAUAUUAUCCCUCCUGCUUAUAGCAGUGUGGUAACUUGUGUGCAUGUCUGCACAACUGAGAUUGUCAACAACCAGUUUAGAAUGUCUCUGAUUGCCCUUACUCAAAAGAAUCAGCUGAUUUCAUUCCAAAAUGGGACUCCUGAACGUUUGUGUCAGCUUCCAUUUGAAGAUCCUUGUGCUGUUCAGCUUCUGGAUUCAGGUGAAGGAAACCUCUUUUUCAUUGUAUCAUUUAGGUCCAAUGAUGCUUGUGCUGUUUGGAAAAAGAACUUUCAGAUUGCUGCUAAGUGGGAAAAACUUAACUCAGUACUGAUAGAUGACUUUGUUGGAACUGGAACUGAACAAGUACUGCUCCUUUUUAAGGACUCCUUGAACUCAUUUAAAAUAACAAAUCUUGACAAAAUAAAUUAUUCAAGUCACCCAUUGAAUUGUAAUGAAGAUGAUUUAUUUGAAGACCAACCAGAACACUGUUAUUUGAUGAUUCCACCAUUGGAAAAAAGAUUAAAAGUUGGUUUGGCUUCUGUUCAGGAAUUACAGCAGCAUCUCUUGCUUAAGGAGAAAAUUAUUUCGAAAUCUUGGAGAGCUUUAAUAAAUUUGGUUCAAGGGAAAGAUGAUAGUACAUCAAGUGCAGAGGAGGGAUAUCUUGUUCCUUUUUGUGGUGAAGAAGAAAAGUGUGUUCAUACCUCUGAUGAAAAGUUACCAGACAAUUUUCAAGAUCCAGAACAGCUAGUAGAGAAGUUGUGGUACCGUGUCAUGGAUGAUAGCUUAAUCGUUGGAGUGAAAACAUCAUCUUUGAAGCUGUCCCUGAAUGAGGUGACUUUAUCGCUGAUAAUGGAGCAAGCCUGUAACUCCAGCUUUCGGCUUAUUAAAUGUGAAAAUAGAGUGAUUAAGUUGAGCACAGAUUCUUUCCGAGCACCACACUUGAUGCCACAAGAUGAAAUAGGAUCAGAAGCUAAAAGGAUCAAGUUGACCUCUGAUAGUAAGGAAGAAGAAAGGUCUGCUUGUGAACAACCAUCUAUGAAAACAUAUGUACAGAUAUUUACUGCUAUAACAUCUCUUUCACCACUUUUAGCAUUCAAUAAAUUUUGUUGCAUUGUGCUGCUACACAUUAGGGAGAGAGAAAAUGGUAGCUGUCCUAAAGAUCAUUAUAUUCCAUGUGGCAGACUUUUUUUAAGUAUAGAAGAUCUUUCAAGUGGGAAAUACUUAAUGUUUCCAAAGAAGAAACCCAUAGAGGACAUGGAAGACCUUUUUGCACUUCUCACAACUUUGCACAAAUCUUGUAUUCAAGUCAUUUCACCUGCCUAUUCCCUGAAUUCAAUGAAGAUGUGGCUCUUAGAUUGCAUGAAAUGUGAAGUAAUCAAAGAAUUUCCAGAAAUGUGCUUUUGUAAAAGGCCAAGAAGUUUGUAUGGGACAGUCUUCAGUUGGAAACAAAGAACCCCAUUUGAAGGCACUUUAACAGUCUAUUCCAGGAAUCAAACAGUUUUGUUCCAGUGCCUUCGUAAUUUCAUCAGAGUUCUCCCUAUAAAUUGUUCCUUCAAAAAUUUAAAAUUAGAAAAUGAGGAUUUCCUAGUUGAUCAUUUGGCAUUGACUUUGGAGAAGGAACUGGUUACCCUUGGUUCUCUUUCUUCUUCUGCUUUAGCUAAGGUUGAAAGCAACUUUGUACAGAUGUGUGAAGCAAACACAGGAAAGAGUAGUGUCAUGGCUGCUUCAACGGACAGGAAGGAAAAAAUCCGUUUGUGCAGAGAAGAAGUUCAGCGAGAAAAGAAAAUGUUGGAAAGGAACCUAAAAGUGAGUGGUGUCCUUUAUAGAGAGAUGACUUUAAAAUUGGUUGAGAUUCAGUUGCAGUCAGACCUCACUGCACAGAAACUAACCAGUUUAUAAUCACAAUUUCAGUGUGAUCAUACUUGAAAUUGUUUUCACUGCCAUCAAUUUUGGUUAUGCUUUAUAUGCCCCUUUUUAAAAAUAUUGAGGCUCAUUGCAGUUCUUUUAGUUUUGAUGAUGCACAAAAUAGUAUUCCUUAGAGAGUGGCAGUUUUCAAGUGGGGCUAUUUUGCCUUCCUCUGCUCCCACCUUCCAUUGCAAGGAUCAUUUAACUGUGUCUGGAGGCAUGUUUUUGUUUGUUUGUUUGUUUGUCAGAAGUUGUAGGGUAGCAUAUCAUAUGGACAAUCAUAAAAACCAAAACAAGAAACUAAUACUAGGGAUAUUGUGGCUGGAUAAUUCUUUGUGUUGGGGAGCUGUCCUGUGCAUGUAGUAGGAAUUUUAGCACCAUCCUUACUUCUUCUACCUUCUAGGGAUAGAUAGAAUGUACUGUGGGCAUCUAGUGGGUAGUACUCCAUGACAUAAUUACCCAUUCCCAAAUGUCAAUAAUGCAGAGAUUGAAGAAUCCUGUAUUUACCACUGAAGUGAAGACAGAUAUAGUAGUAUUUUUUUAUCUAAAUCUUUUUAAAAAAUUUAAUCCUUUGCUUAUAUUCUGCUUAGUAAAACCUAGCAUGUAAAAAAAAUUCAAAUGAAUAAAUUAAGCAAGAUUGUCAGGAUUCACAGGUUUCUGUAAAUAUUAAGCUCCUUUAGGAAGUUAAAUGACAGAGUAUCUGAAUGCCAAUUUUUGAAACACUUGUUAAUUUAAAUUUUAUUAGAGAGCUGCUCUGAAAUUGUGUAAGUCUAUAGGAAUGUAAAAAUUGUAGGGCAUUUUUCUGAAAGGCACAUCCUUUCAAAAGGCUAAGUAUAUCUCACAGAUCACGAUUAAAAAUAAAAUUGAAAAUGCUUUUAAGCCAUCUGAAAUUCCAACUCUAGGUAAAGGUAAAAUAUAAAAUUGCAACUAAAAUAAUUUAAAGAAUAUGGUGCUCCUUAGGGACAGAGAGAUUUAGAAAUAAGUGAAAAUUCACUCAAUAAAGAAGUGAUUUAUAAGGGAUACACUGAGAGACAUUUCAAAGGGAUAAAAAUUGAACCUAGUCUUUUUUCUUUUUUUGAAAAAUAAGAAUUUUUGACUAAUAACAGUGUCAGGAGAAAGAAAAGACACCAAAAGGUAUGAGCAGGAAGAAAUGUUCCUGAUCCUUUUUACUCUAAAAUCCUUAAGUGAGAUGCAAGUUUCCAUCUCAGUUGAAAGAAAUACAGAUGAUUAUAGGAAGUGGCAUCUCAUGCUUGAAGCUAUGAAGUGCUUAUUCCCCCUAUGCCAUAGAAGUGCUUGUGUCUAAUGAUCUGGUGAUAUAAAUGUUUUUUGGAGAAUAUAGGAUAUUAGUUUCUUGUCUUGGUUUUUAUGAUUGUUCGUAUAAUAUACUACCUCUUUUUGAAAGUCCAUUGGCAAUUGAGAUAGAACUCUACAGCCCUAUUUCUAUGAAAUCCCAUUGGAAAAUAUUUCAAAUGUUCUGCAGAUGGAAAUGGAAUAAAUUCAGGAUUAAUUAUAGAAAUCUGGAAAUAGUAUGUAUUAUUUGUUAUCUUUUGAAACUGACCAGGUCAAGUUCUGAAAGAACAAACAAGUAUAAAAUACAGUAACCAAUUGUAAAAUUGAGGCUGUCAAAUACUUAACAGUAUUUAAUUUUGAUAGUUUAUCUGUAGAGAAAAUUGCGAUACUAACAAAUAGCACAUUACAUAUUUUUAUUUAUAAAUAACAGUCAGUACUAUAUGUGAGUGUAUGUACAUACACCAAACACCUUUUUGACAAGUGAGUUUUGUAUUUUAGUAUGCUUUUCCUACUAACUGCAAAGUAGACAAGCCUAAGUUUGAGGAGUUGACACCCUUUCAUUUUCAAGAUUAAGCUGUAUUUGCAUCUGUAAACAAAUCCCAUUGACCUCUACCCUGUUUACAAAUCUGAGGUUCCUCUCAAAAAUAUAUUCCUCCCAAAUUUAUAGUGCUAAAUUCAAACCAAAUUUUUUUUUUUUAGGAAUGGAGCUCUCCAUAGUUUUCAGCAAAAUAAUCAUCUAUUGGCUUCUGACUCCAUUAACUAAGGAAUAUGUUCAACCCAAUGUAUAUUCAGUUCAGUAACUAUGCUUAGUAAAGGGGCAAGUAAUGUACAGUUUAUUGACUGUCAGCCUCUAUAUCAAAGAGUAACCAUGAAACAUACACUCAUGUGAGCAUGCAUGUGGAUGAACACACACACAAAUACACAUACAUACACACACAUGCAAUUUGUAUAUACACAUGGUUAAUUCUUCACAGCAGUCCAUGAAGUAUAGUUAUUAGUGUUGUCCUCAAUAUGAAAAAAAAUGUUAAAUUAAGGGGAUGCCUAAAAACACCUUGAUCCUGUAUCCUUGUUGUGAAUUAUUUUAAUAACAGCAGAAGGGCUGGGGAUAUAGCUCAGUUGGUAGAGUACUUGCCCUUGCAUGCACAAGGUCCUGGGUUCAAACCCCAGCAUCACACACAUGCACACACACACACACACACACACACACACACACACACACACACACACAAAACAAAAACAAACAAAAAAGCAGAUACUUUAAGAAAUUUAAUAAUAUGCAAGUGAAUCAUAUUGUUGUAAUAACAUCUCUUUAUACCAUUUACAAUUGACCAAGUUUUUCCCCAGUGUCAGAAAGGAAAAGAUGUAGUUUACAUCUCUAUUUACUCUCUCCAAUAAAAUAAAAAAUUGAACUGUUUAGGCUAGAAGCCUGUGUAGAGCUUUCCUUCCUUCCUUCCUUCUUCCCUCCCUCUUUCCUUCCCUUUUUUCUCUCUCCCUCCCUUCCACCUGGAUAGUACUAGACAUUGAGAGGAAUCCUUUUUUGUUUUGCAAAAACAUUAUUUUCUGUGCUCAGAAUUUAAGAGUGUAAUAUCUUUCUUGGAUAACUGUAUCUUGUGGAACUUUAGGCUUUUACUUCUAAAGACAGCCUCGUGCAGUGGAAUGAAUGUUAACACAUAAACAGUAUACUUAAUUGAAUUCUUUAGGGGUUUGUUCUGUUUUCCAUUUUUGAAUUUUCUAUAUCUACUACUUGAAUUGCUUACUGCCUCAACAAAAUAAUGCUCUCCUAUAAAACCUGCUGUUAUGCAUAUUUUUGCAGUGCUGAGUCUAGUUACUUUUUAAACACUGUUUUAGUAAUCCUGUCAAUUUGACUUUUUGUUUAGUAGGAUGCCAGGUCCUGUUUGGGUGCUGAACUUUCAUAAAGGCAUUACAUUAGAUAACCAUAGUCUCUUCUUUUUAGAUUUUUUUUUCCUGUGCCAUACUCAUGAGCAGCUGUGUUGGACAAAGUACCUGGGCAUGUAAUUAUAGUUAAACAUCGCGGCCCUGGGUUCAGCUAGAGGGUUUACCAUCCUUAACUUCAUUUUUAAUUAUCUGUUUCCCCACAGCAAUAGCCACUUACGUCAGAAUAUAAGUGGUGUUAUGGCGAAUAAAGCAUACCGUUAGUAAUUAGUCCAAACAUUUAGCUGGAUACCAUUUAGUCAGGAGAUAAAAGUAUAGCAUGCUCUGUUGAUUGCCCCUUGCACAUCUUAUUUCUCCUCGUUUUUUCAAUACCAGAACUCUCAUUCAUGAAACUUUCUUUCCCACUGGUUGCAUAAUUGGGGAGGUGGACCCCAAUUCUAAGCCUGUCAAUAUAACACCUUUCAUUGACAGUCAUUAUUGAUCUGGUGCAAGACCACUCCAUUGGGACUAGUCAUAUUGAAGUGAAGGACUUGGUUCUUUGUUGAGGAAGAGACACUUGCUAGAAGUAAGUUGUUCUAAUUUUAAAAUUUGAGAGUUAUGUUAGAGUCACAAGGAAAUUAAAUCUCUGAGUGAAUUUGACACCAGACCUCAACAUUUUUAUUGUUGUACCCCUGAAUCAAACCUAAAUUCUGCUUUUUCCCUGGAUUGCUGAUUGCUUCAGAAAAAAAGAUCCUCAUGACAGAAAUCAGAGUUUCUGCUACUUGCAGCUGAAAUUGUUUCAAACUGCUAGAAAUUGGGAAAAGAAUUUUAGAGAAUAAAGCACAUGGAGUACAACAACAGAAACCAUUUACUACAAAAACAGAAUGCUUUUACAUUUAAAAAGCAUGCCUACCCUGAUUUCUGGGUAGUGACUCACUUCCCCUUCUCUAAGUUUAUAAUUCAAACUACUAUAUAUUUGAUAGCAGUGUAUACUUGAAAUAGAAGUUUUAAGUUUUUAAAAUUUAUCUUAUUUUUUUUUCUUUGUAUUAGGCCAUUCCAGUUGUUUUCUUAUGCCUUCCUUAUUGGGGUAAAGGCAUAUGUCUGAUUCUUUAACCUAUUUCUCAGUAUUUCCUAUUUUAUUUUAUUAUUUUUUUUUUAUUUUUUAGGGCUGGGGA